AUGGCGGGCAACGGCGAGCUCGAGCUCAGCUUGCUCGAGUUGCUCGACAAGUGCGAUAACUAUGAUCCUUAUUCACCCACAGAAAUCCUCGUCCCAUUCCGCAUAUCGCCAGAGCCUUCGUCGCCGGCACUAGGCCUGAUACGCCCACAAGUCCUCGAACAAAUCGAGAAGGACAUCUCGUCCGAGUCGUCGCCUUCGUCCUGUCCUUUCCGCAUCUCCAUCGUCCCCUCCAGCUGUCUUCAUUUCACUCCAGAACUCGAUUCCCCGGCGCUUAGGACGGCUGCGGUGGCCUCGUAUUUGCGAAAAUGGCAUGAGAAUGGUGUGUUCGACGAUGUGAUCGGGGGUAGACUCUGGCGCGACGAGUUGUACGACGUGUAUGCGAACCCGUUCGGCCCUCGUCGAAUUUCCGACAGACCGCCAUCCGCGUAUACAAUACCUGAUGCGCCCACGGAAGAUCUUUCUCGGACUGAGACCAAAGGAGCUGUGGAUGUAGAUGUGGGCGAUCGGAACUACUUGUUCUCCAUGGAGAGAGCGGCCUGUGCGCUCUUCGGGGUCGUCACGUACGGUGUACAUAUGGUCGCUUAUGAACAAGACGGGUAUGGGCUCGGGGCUCCCAGUGUCGACUCUAUCAGGAUGUGGAUCCCGAGACGCUCGGCGACGAAACAGACAUAUCCCUUGCACCUAGACAAUUCCGUCGCGGGUGGAAUACCCUCCGGCCUCUCCCCCUCCGAAUCCAUAAUCAAAGAAAGCCACGAGGAAGCCUCGCUCCCCGAAGAGUUCACGAGGACACAUAUCCGUCCUGCUGGGUGCAUCAGCUAUUUCCACGCGACGGCGAAGGGAUGGCUACAGCCCGAGGUGCAAUAUCUCUAUGAUUUGAGGAUACCGGAGAGUGAAAGUGAGGGUGAGAAGGUGGUGUUGAAACCGUUAGACGGGGAGGUCGAGUCCUUCGAGGCGAGUCUCAUGCCGCUCGAGAAAGUAUUGCGACAUAUGCGCGCGGGCGAAUUCAAGCCUAAUUGUGCUAUCGUCGUGAUCGAGUUCCUCAUCCGGCACGGGCUCAUCACGGCCGAAAACGAGCCUCAUCUCAUCGAGAUCGUCACGAGGCUGCAUGGGAGGUUUGGGUUUGAGCGAUGGUAGGAGGGUAGGAGGGUAGGAGGUGUUGGACGAUGGUAGGUAGGUAGAUGUUGAAAGUCAUGUUGUAUGAUGGAUGAUGUGUGGAGGUUCGAAGUACAGGCUAUACAGACUAUCGGGAAUUGUAGCAAUACAUACUAUGCGGCUGAGGCGGUAAAGAGAAUUUGGACGAGUCGG